GCCGCUCGUGGAGGACAGCCAGACGCUGCUGACGCCCGUGGUGAGCUGCGGGCCGCCCGGGGCGCUGCUCACGCGGCCCGUCGUGCUCACCGUGCACCACUGCGCCGAGCCCAACACGGACGACUGGCAGAUCCAGCUGAAGCACCAGGCGGCCCAGGGGCCCUGGGAGGCUAAGGUGCAGAGAGCAAGGGAGGCGUGCCCCGUCGUGACGGAGACGCUGGGCACGUACGCCCUGGUGGGCCAGUCGGUGAGCAAGGCGGCCGCCAAGCGGCUCAAGCUGGCGCUCUUCGGGCCGCUGUCCUGCUCCUCGCUGGAGUACAGCAUCCGCGUCUACUGCCUCGACGACACGCAGGACGCCCUCAAGGAGGUGCUGCAGCUGGAGCGGCAGAUGGGCGGGCAGCUCCUGGAGGAGCCCAAGGCCUUGCACUUCAAGGGGAGCACCCACAACCUCCGCUUGUCCAUCCACGACGUCGCCCACUCGCUCUGGAAGAGCAAGCUGCUGGCCAAGUACCAGGAGAUUCCCUUCUACCACAUCUGGAGCGGCUGUCAGCGGAACCUCCACUGCACCUUCACGCUGGAGAGGUUCAGCCUGAGCACCCUGGAGCUCGUGUGCAAGCUCUGCGUGCGGCAGGUCGAAGGCGAGGGGCAGAUCUUUCAGCUCAACUGCUCCGUGGCCGAGGUAGGCAGCGCUGCUGCACGUUCCCUCCGGGCACCUGCCCAACUUCUUCGGGAAGGACAGGGAGGCGACAGGAGGCAGCCCCUGGCGCUGUAG